AGGGUGGUUUUCCACGACGGGACUGCUUCAGUUCAUGGUUGACAUCCACUGCUGCUGGUGGUUUCGAUUACUUUCAGUGCGAGCGUGAUUUCCAUCAACCGCGGUGCUAAUAGUGGCAGUUCGUAGAGUUCCUCCGUUCAAACGACAUGCAAGAUGGAGGCAGUAAGUGUAAAUUCAAAUACCAAGACCGGGAGAUAGAGACAUGCGGCUUCCUCGAAAAGGAUAGUCCCUCCUGGGCCGCCUUCCACAUCGCGUUCUUCCUUAGCUCGUACGUGGUCCCGCUCAUACUGAUCAGCGUCCUGUACAUGUGGAUGUUGUCCCGGCUGUGGCGAAGUUCGGUCGGCGGUCGUUCGGCCGAAUCGAAGAAGGGCAAAAAGCGCGUUACCCGGCUGGUGGUGAUUGUGGUGGCAGCGUUUGCUUCAUUAUGGUUUCCCAUACAGGUCAUCUUGGUCCUAAAGAGUGUGGACGUCUUUAAACCAGACACGCAUUUUAAAAUUUCACUACAAAUCGUCUCGCACGUGCUGGCAUACACGAGCUCCUGUAUAAACCCGCUGCUGUACGCGUUCCUGUCCGAAAACUUUCGGAAAGCAUUCCGUAAGAUUGUUUACUGUGGACCGGGGAGCCGUCGCCAGGGCAGCCAGCGACAUAUGCCACUGCCAACGAAAACGACGCGAACCGGCAGCUGUCCAGACAUUUUAUAACCGGAAACAAUGGAGGAAACGUCCGUCACCUUCGUUUAAUACACUCUUUGUUUUCGCACAGUGCAGCCCAGAGUCUCCUUUUUAUCCUGUCCUCGACAGAUCAUCAGCACAGCGGCACAAGCUUCUACGAAACGAGCUGUUGAAGCAUAAAUGAAUUACACGUAAAGUAAGUUGAACGACUGGAAUCCAAUAAAUCAUCCAACAAAGCGGUUCUAUUUUAGCAACUUAAACCUUUCCACCGCUAUCGACCGGAGUAAAAAACACCGCAGCAAAACAGAUUGGCUGUGAGGGUUCACCAAAUGGCUUAACAGUGAUGCAUACCGAACCAACCAAUCGUUACCUUAAUCACUCUCAUCAUCAUCUUCAUUAUAAGCGGUAGUAAUUAACAGAUCGUUUCGUACCGUAUGGUGUGUUUAUCAUAAUGGACACAAUUUGCAGGUCCAGUCUAAUCUCCUACUUUAUUAAAUUUCAACUGUAUUGUAUGAGGGUGCUAAUGCUUGACAAACAAUACUGAAUGGUAGUGAUUGGUACGUGUAUUAGGGAACAAAACCAAAAUCUAAUAUGAAACAGAGCUUCACACAUCUUAAAAACUGUGUGGUACAAUUAAGCUGUGCAUGUAUAGCGUAACAGGCACUGGCGGUUCGUUGCUUGCUGUGUGGCUUUGCUUUCAAACGACUUAGGCUGGACAAAUGAGCCCCACCGGUGUUCUGCGAAGAUCAAGUGCAGGAAUGGUUUGUGUAUGCGUAUGAAAAUAACAAACAGAGAAGUAAAAGUAAAGGAUACCGUGAUUUGCUAUGUUUCGUUCGCGUCUGGCACUCUUGUAGGAGCACCUGUGCUGCUUACGCCAUGUUUUGUUUGCACGUGACGACUGCCAAAAAUCGAUUCGGAUUUGUUUCGGGUCACCGUUUGAGUUAAGUACGUGACAUCAAUCAAACCAAGCGUACUAGCGGAUCACAACACCAUUCCGAUACACGUGUUGGCGCGUUGUUCCGUGAUAAACUGCCCUGCACAGUCUCGCUAUACGGACGGAGAAUUGUGUCGCAAACAACGCCAGCCAAAAGGGAUACCAGAUUGUACGCUGAUGCUCUCAGCAUUCCUCAUUUGUGCAAAGUUCAUGCUGAAAUUUGGCCGGCACCACUUUUGGGUCUCUAAAACGCGCCCCGAUUCGCGCAUUGUGCUGCUCGCUAAGCAAAGACUGUCACAAAGCUAUUUUCAUCAACAUCGCCAUCGUCAUCAUGAACAUCAUCAUCAUCCGCAUUCUUUUCUCUGUUUGGUUUUGCAGAGUGAGGAAUUUUGGGAACUGCGGCGACAGUUUGCUAUAAAAGUUCCUUCUCACCAUUCGGGCGCACAUUGGGUAACGGACGCAUCGACAGAAAGACGCGGAGGAUGGUGGAGCACGCUUGGUUCGGUGGUACGCGAACGUCAUAAAUCACUCCUUACUGUACUCAAAAAUACCCAUAUCAACACAUCACCAUGUGCGUCCCGAGAAUGGAAAAUUAUACCGAAAGCAGCUUGCAAAACGUGGACCCGUGCUUGUAUUUCUGUACUUGUAGCAGCGUGAACUUUCCCAUCCAUCAGCAAACCAAACAGUGGUGUAAAUAUGUGUCCUUCGAUGAACAAAAACGGAAUGUACGUAAAAUCCCUCAAUUAUUCUGCGCGACACAAAAAAAGAAAACUCCAAACAACCAUGUGCUUUCUUGUCGGCAGCUGCUGCGUGGUACUUCCUUUUAUAGCAAACUCUAAUCGAUAGAUAACAAAUAUAACAAACGAUUCGAUAGAGUAGUAGUAGUAGAGAUGUUUAUUGUGGAUAGAAAGAAAAAAAUAAUACAUAUAGAAUCGAACGUUCUUUAACAUUGGGUACGCAAUGUGCUGUCCUCAAUAAUCGGGAAUUUUUAUAGCAUAGCUGAGUAGAAUAUAUGUUGUUUGCUGAUUUUAAAUCUGAGUAUAUGGGAAAAGUGCAAAAAAAACCCAUGCAAUUUUAGACUUAACCUAAACACAUAUAUAUCGAUUCGAUAGAGAAACAAAUUGCUUUCUUAGCCAAGUCAAGCCAGUGUACGAUAAACAAUUUUUAAAGUCUAUCCAACAGUUGAAACAAUAAACAUUUGCCCGAAAAGCAUCACGA